AUGGCUCCGAAUCCGAAGAAGGGUAGUGAAGAUUCAAGUCGGUUCAGCUUCUGUAUGAACCUUUUAAGCGCAGAAGCUCUCCAUUUUGCAUCUCAGAGGAUACUUCGAGCUCACUUGGCUUGGCCUGAAAACUAUUACCUAAUAUCCCUCCUAUGCACCAACAUCGAAGGCAAAUGUAUGAAAUAUGGUCGUAAGAUUUAUGCUGGGCUUGAAAUGCUUCAUACCCUCGGCAUCAAUGACACUCCUAGGGCAUUCAUAGAUGGUAUGCCCCAGAAUGCGACAGAGGUUGCACCUUCUGAAGACUCACUCGUUCAUAUCUGCACUCCACCCAUACUUCUUUUUCGUCAUCUAGUUGAACCUAAAUCUUCUGAAUUAAAGGUUCGGAGACGCUCGAGCGAUAGCGAGAGGAAGCAUUGGGUUGAUGUGUACUCUGACCCUGAGAGGAAGUUGAGGCAGCUGCUGAAGAUUGCACCUCCUUCAUUCGUGACAGUAUUCCCCACCAGGUUCCCCAGAACAGAAGUGAGAUUAGUCUCAUCUCAGAACUGCUUGCCAGUCAGAUUAGGCUGCUCCCCAUUCAUUGCCUUUGGGCUGAACAUUAGGGAUUGGACUCUUUCUUGCUUUCGUGACUCGGGUAGGAACUAUUACCCAUCGCUUUCUGCUCCCUACGCAUUUGUCACUCUUGGUCUUUUGCGCCUGACUCCCGAUCCUAUUUUUUGGUGUACCUCUAAGAUAAGACUGAUGAGUUCCGUCUCAACACGCUCCGUCACUUAG